AUGUCAAAGGAAACUGUUGUUGACGUUGAAGAAGAAUCAGAAAUAAAAGAUAAAUAUUUGGUUUUUAGUCCAGACGGUGAUUUCGUAGUCAAAUUUGGUAAAAAUUUUACUAAACAAUUACCGGCAAAAGAUGAAGAUAACUACUUUGAUAUACAAUAUAGCAAUAGUUUGUCGUACUAUAAACAUUCCUAUAUUCACACAUCUCAAACAUUAGAAUUUACAAAAGAACAAUUAAAGUUGACUACUGGUAUAAGCCAUCAUGAUAUGACACUUGAAAAUAUUGAAGAAUCUACCUAUAAAGACUUAUACAAUGGAGACCCUAGCUAUUAUCUUAGCAUAAAUAUUCCUGGAUUUACCAUCGUUUUCGCUAUCAAAGAACGUUCAGUUGAUACAAUAUUACAAUUUGAUAACUAUCGAUAUGGUGGAAUAGUUAACUUAUUUUUCAAUUAUGAUAAUACCAGUAGUGCGGAUAAAUGUCUUCUUAUUAUUUUAAAUAUCACUGGAAUCUAUAAAUUUUAUUUUGAACACUUGAAUAAGAAUAAACCUACUAUCAAAAUUCAAAUGUUAAAAUAUCCGAAUAGAACAAUUAAAGUCAUGGAAUAUUAUAAUACUCAUUAUUAUAAUCUGAAAAGUUUAAAACUUUCAGAACACGAUAAAUACGAAAAAAUCAGAGAGUUAAAUAUGGAAUAUAUUCAGGCAUCUUUAAGUAAGCAUUAUUUUUUAGCCGAUACUAUGCUAGAGGGCGCUCAAUACAUGGAUCUUUACGAUUUAAAAACAAAUCAAUUAGUAAAUACCUUUUCGAGAACGAAUGUAUGCGGUUCGGGUCUCACCUACCGUCCUGGUUUUUUUACAAUAUCAAAUAAUGAUAAACUGUUAGCAUAUAAAUUUAAAUCUGGAAGGCGGAUCAAGUUAUACUCGCUUGAUUGUGGUCUUGAAGUAGCGUCUAUAAAAAUAGAUGAAACUGAUGAAAUAUCUUAUGAUUAUUAUUUCUUAAAUUUUUUUAGCAAUGAUGAGAGAUUAUUGGUAUAUCGGUUCAAUACAAUGGAAUGGUCUAUUUGGGAUAUUUUUGGUUCAUUACAAAAAUCAAUUAAACUCGAAAAACGACCUGAUUUUGACCUUAACCUUCAAGUUGAAGAUGCUCAUACUGAGAAAUUGAAACACUCAAAUUCUUUUAUAAUCACUAUUAAAAACAAUGAACUUGUAAUUUAUGAUGAUCUACUCUCGGAUAAAUUUUUGAAACUCUUGAAGAAUGUUGACAAAUUAGGUUUUAAGGAUCUACCACUGGAAGAAACCUGGAAGAAAUCAGAUGACAAAUACGAAUAUUUUAUCCGGGAUCUUGAUAAUAACAAAUCAGAAUUAAACAAAAACUAUCACGUAAUUGAGCCAUGGCGAGGGCGAACUGGACAUAGUGGAGGUCCACGAUAUUCAGUUUAUCUUGAUGAAAAAAAAGAAGUUAUGCUUCUGAUUGGAAGAUGUACGAUUCAAGUUUGGCGCGAUAAAGAUGAAAAGAGAACUCUUGAGUUCAUUAGUGUGAGUAAUGAUGAGAUUACUGAGAGUGAGGUCAAAGAAAUUAAAUAUGGCAUUAGAAAAUUUAAACUUUCAAUUCAACGUAAAGAUUCUGAUAAAUCAAUUUAUCAAAUUGAAAUGGGAGAUAAUGAGGAUGAUGAUAUAAUCAAAGCAGUAAGCGCAGCUUGUAAUGCGCUUAUAUAUUUAAAUAAAUGGAGUCAAACGCCUAAUUAUGGAUAUGCCGUGUCAUUUGUCCAACUCGAAGAGAUAGUCAGACAAACACGAAAUAUUAUUGUGAGAUUUCAAUCAUAUCCGAUUGUUUGGCGACUAUUAGAUUUUCGCUUUAAUUUAAUGACCACUCUUGUUAUUGCGGGAGAUUAUUCACUAGUUAAAUAUAUAUUAUUCGACGAAAAAAAAGAAGGUUCGGACGAUGAACCUGAAAAUAACAUCCUUAAAAAUCUUAAUAUUACAGCAUCUAAAAUGCAAAUCAAAGAACCAUCUUCUGAUCGGAAUAGUUUAUUACAUGAGAAAUCACUCCACAUGCCAAAAUUAACUUCGUGGACAGGUGAACUUGAAUAUGCACUCUUAGAAGCACUAAAAGUCGAUGAUCCAGUAUUUCUAGGAUUUCUUUUAGAAUAUUAUUCUAAUAAAGAAAUUGGAUGGAUGGUUACCGUUACUGAUGUUAUACCGAGAUUAUAUAGUGAGGAGAAUAAAAAAAAUGCUGAGGUUUAUAAGUCAUACGCUCAAUUGUUAUUUUAUAAAUCUUGCUUUUGUAAAAAAGAAUUGGAUAUACCUUCGUUUGAAUUUAUUGAAAUUCCACCUAGUAUGGAUAAUUCUUUAAAAGUCUUUAUCCCUAUAACACAAUUGAUUCCACAAGACUUAGAUUUAAAAGUAAAAUUGCUCAGCCAAUAUAUGAUUCCUAAAGUUCUGAUGGUACCUUUAGUUGAUUUCACAGCAGUUAAAGUAAAUAAGAAAGACAUGAAAGAAUAUAAAUUCAUAAACUUUUUAAAAACCAUAUUUUAUCCGGGUGAAUAUGCACAAAAAGAAGAUUACUAUAGCCCUUUUCUUAAGCUUAUAGAAAAACUUGAAAGUAAUGAUCCUUUCUUCUGUAACCCAUCCAUGGAAGCCACUAUGAAUGUGAUGUGUCAAUCUUCUACAACAUAUGAAUUUUCUAAUGGAAGUGAUACCUAUACUAUGACUGAAGAUGAACCGGAUAAUUCAUUUUCAAACCUUUUUAGCUCUAUAGUUGCAGCAUAUAAUUGGGAUUCAAUUCCACUAGAUGCUUGGGAUUUUUGGCCUCUUAUUAUAAUUAGUGUGAUUGGCAGUUUUGUUUUUGACGUAAGGUUAUUACUCCGUGUUAUUCAAGCAAAUGAAAGUGUUAUCGAAAUAAAUUAUGUUAAUGCUACUGAAAUACAAGAUAUCAAUUAUUGUAUGGUUGAGAGUGGUUUAAAAGAUCCCAUAAACUUUUAUCCGUUAUUUGACCAAUACAUUUUAGUAACAUAUACUCAUGCAACUAAUACUUCCGACAAUACAACUUAUACGGAUCAUGGGAUGGUUUUAGAUUGGAAUGGAAAUGUUAUAAGCAAACUCGAUUUUGGACAAUCUUACUUGUAUCAAGGCACAAUUUGGAUUCCGAAUAAAUUUUUAGUUAAUAAUAUUACUCCCAAAAAAGGUUUCUUACGUUUAUCUGAGACAACUGUUAAUGGAGUAGAUUCUUUCAAAUGGGCCCAGUAUGGAUACAAUGGCAAUGGAUCAUUCUCUUUAUUACAGAAUGACACAACUGAGAGUAUCGGAUUUCAAGUUAAUUUAUUUGCUACUUUAGAUGGUGGAUACGCAAUUGUAUAUGUUAAUAUGAUCAAUAGGCCUAUAGCUUCUAAUACUACGUUAGUCCCUCAAUUUACUGCAGAUGUAGGAAUAUGUGCUAUAAUGUUGGGUUAUAAUCAAUCAGAAACACCUCAACAAAUUAUUUUAUUUAAUAAAUUAACUCCAAAUCUAACAUUCACUAGCAUAUACUGUUCUAUCGAUUUCGCUAACAUUGGUCAUUCAUGUAUCGUACAAGUAGCACAGACGCAAACUCAAACAAUUCAGAAUAUUAUUACAACUGUUAUCACAGCUACAAUGACUCCUACGGCAGCCGCCCCCACAGUCGUAUCGGUUACCACUACUAUAUCAGCUCCACCUACUGCUAUUACAUCCUCAGAAAGCUUUUACGUGAAAAUACGUUUUCUAUCCACUGGAUCUGUAUUGUCAUUGGAUCUAAUAUUUCCACCAAACAAAGGGCCUUUAACGAAUGUUAGAACACUACCUCUCGAAGAUGACAAGUUAUUCAAUUAUGCAUUUCCACUGGAUCCAUUAACUUCAAAUUUUGAUGGCGCGUUUGAUAUAUUACAAAGUAACACACUUCUAGUGGCACUAAAUGAAACGACCACUUCUUGGCAAAUUCUUUCAAUCGUUCUGCCACCACUUUCCCAGUAUAAUAAUAGUGGUUAUGGUAAUCUACAUGUGAACGCAACGUACCCUUCAAUAAACGCCAAGGAUCUACCUUUGAAUACCAAUAAGAUCAAUAUCAUGUUUAAUGAUCGCGUUUCGCUCUCGGAUGCCAAUUUAACAAUUUAUCAAACAAUUAACCAAAUCUCCAUUCUUCGACAAGUUAUUAAUUCAAGAACUUGUACUAAAUGUGAGCUCACACUUAGAAUUCCUGCAGAGGAAGGCAGAUUAGGAUCAAAUAAGUAUUAUCAACUUAGUGCAACCGGCAUUCUUAUCUCAUUAUAUAUUCGUGAGACAAAAGAUGAUAAAAAAUUAACUGCCGCAGAUAUAAAGGAUAAUUUACACCAAUUAAUAAUAAAUAAAACAGUUACGGACCAAGAAACUAACGAAGAAUCAGAUCUCGAAAUUAAAGAAGAACCUAAUUUAAUAUUCACAGCAACUUGGUUGAAUGAUAUACGAACAAUUAAAGGUGAAUCCGGGAAAUAUACACAAUCACGCACUAUAUCUUGCGUUGACCUCAUAAAAUUGCACUGUUCUCAAACAAGCAUUUCUGAUCAUAUAGAAAAAUGA